UCAUCAUCGAGCGACUUCUACAGAGAAGUAGGCAAUACGCUGACGUUCUAAAGCUCCGAAUUGCCAUUGGUUUAGGCCUCUGGUAUCAGCUUGGGGGCGUGAACUUGCAAGCGCUGUUGGCGUGUAACGGUGUUGAUAUGAAUGGGGGUAGUUUGUGAGUGUGUGUGGCGUGAAAUGUCACUGCUGUGCUGAAUGUGCGACUCUAAUGUACCCAGUAAAUUCAAUGUUUACGAGUCUGAGUGAUGUGUAUGCUACAGAUGUUGUACAGAGUGAAUGGUAGUUGUUUGUUAAGGUAGCCCUAUUGGCUGCCUUAUUAUAAGCCUGUGUAGUGUUCUGUACAGAGACCAUUCCUCAAUCUCAUAGGGAAGCAAUGAAGAAAAUCUUUAGUUUUGGAAAGAAAAAGAAAUGGGGCUCGUCCCCUAAUACCUCUGACGCUGGCAGUGUCCUUUCAGUGGUGGGGUAUGAGCUGAAGGAUAAGGACCUAAGCAAACUGCACCGCGCUGCCUCCGCUGGGGAUGUUGGCAAGAUAAAACAGCUGAUUAAGAAACAAGAUGUCAACCAACUGGAUAAAGAGAACAGGACACCUUUGCAUAUUGCUUGUGCAAAUGGACAUCUGGAUGCUGUUAAAUUGUUACUCGAAAGCAAAUCCAAAUUAAACCUUUGUGACAAUGACAGUAGGUCUCCAUUACUAAAGGCCAUUCAGUGUCAACAAGAAAGCUGUGCUAUAGCUUUGCUUGAACAUAAUGCAGACCCCAAUCUUGUGGAUAUUAAUGGAAAUGCUGCUCUUCACCUGGCUGCUCUUAUUCCAUCUGUGUCCAUUGCUAAGCAGCUGCUUGAACAUGGAGCUAACAUCAAUGCUAUUAAUAAGGAAGGGUGUACUCCACUUAUUCUUGCAGUCACAGAAAGUAAUGAAGAAAUGGUAGAGUUUCUGCUCAAAGAAGGAUCCGAUAUUAAUGCAUGUGACAGAAGUGGCAGAACAUCACUUAUGAUUUCUUCAAAUAACGGUCAGAACAAUUUGGUUAGAAUGUUACUCCAGCAUGAGGCUGAUAUCAACAUGAAGGAUGAAAAAGGCUGGACUGCUGAUGAUUAUGGCGUUAUGAAUGGGCAUCAUGCUUGCUCACAUUUGAUUAUUGAACAUGGUUCAAAAAAAAGACCAACUAUGUCUCCAUGUUAUGAAAGCAAUCAAAGGAGAAAGACCUCCACAUUCAACACUCCAAACAGAACUGGUGAAAAUGGUUGUAGUUCGGUCAGCCCUGCAACAAACAAAAAAGAUAGUCAGUCUCAAGUAGAGUCUGGAAGUUGUGUAUCUGACAAGUCAGGAGAUGUUGACUCAUGGCCUUCUUCAGACGAAGACAAUGAUGACUUAGAUUUUUGUCCAAAGAAGACUCCAAAGCCAAGCUUAACACAACUUCUGGAAAAGAAAAAACAUGACAAUAAGAAGGCAAAUUCCGAGCCACGUUCAGAUAUAGUCAAGAAAAGAACUUGUAAAAAUAAUAUUUCUAACCCAAGCUCUCAUGAGAAUGAUGCUGUGAAUGAAGACAAUAAACUGGAGGAUAAAGAGAAUGAAGUGGCUGAAAAGUUUGUGAAUGAGGUUGAAGAAAAUGAACUUGAGGCAACUUCUGGACAGUGUGAACAUUUAGAUUGUGAGGAAGAAUCUGAGCAGUGUGAGGAAGAAUCUGAGCAGUGUGAGAAUGAAGACUGUGAGGAGGAUUCUGAGCAGUGUGAGAAUGAAGACUGUGAGGAGAAUUCUGAAGAGUGUGAAGAUGAAGAAUGUGAUGAGGAAGAUUCUGAAGAGGGUGAAGAAUGUGAUGAGGAAGAUUCUGAACACUGUGAGGGUAAAGAAUCUGAAGAAAAUUCUGAACAAAAUGAGGGGGAAGAAUUUGAAGACAAUUCUGAACAAAAUGAGGGGGAAGAAUUUGAAGAAAAUUCUGAACAAAAUGAGGGGGAAGAAUUUAAGGAAGAUUCUGAUCAGUGUAGGGAUGAAAAAUUUGAUAAAUUCGACCAUGAUGAUACAUCUGUAGACUGUGUAAAUGGUAAAGAAGUGCUUCAGCAGUCUGGAAAUGAAGAUUGUGAAGAUGUUUCUGUACGGCAUGAGGAGAGAUGCUGCAAAGAUGCCACCCCACUGUAUUAUUGUGAAGACUUUGAAAAUCACUCUGCACAAUGUGAAAAGGAAGUCUGCAAAGAUGAUUCUAGACAAUAUAAGGAAAAAGAACAUGAAAAUGACCCUGGACAGUGUGAGAAAAAAGAACAUAAUGGUGACCCCGGACAAUGUAAAAUUCGGGAAAGUGUCAAUUUUACUCAGGAAGAAGAUUUUAAAACUGCACCUACAUAUGGAAAAAGUGAAGAUGGCAUAAGUUCAUCUUUAAAAUAUCAAGAAAAUGAUUAUGAAAACUUUGAGCAACACACUGGCAAAAAUAACACUCUAAUAGAUGAGCAUGUUGAUCCCGAAGCAUCAGCAAGUCUGCACCAUUUAGCUUUGGAUAAUACCAGUGAAAAGACUGAGAAGAAAAAUGUUCCAUCGACAAGUAGACAAAAUGUCAUUAAUAAACAAACGUUUUCAAAGAUGCAUCUCAAAAACACUUCUGAUGACAAUAUGUACACUGGGCAACCAUUACAAGAUUUCAAAAAUGUUUCAGACGGUGAUGGCAUUCCAGUUUCUUUGAUAACUGGAUUGUAUGAGAAUUCUGAUGAGAAUGUAACUUCACUAACUGAAAAUGAAAUAACUUCAUUAGCCAACAAAGUUGAAACCUUUGAUAAAAAAGAUGAAAAAAUAUGUCCUUUCAAAGGCAAACUGGAUUCUCCAUUUAUCAAUACCUUAGCUGAUAAUAAAAUUGAGAAAGGAUCCAAUCUGAACUUAAAGGACGACACAUUUAUGUACGAUGCACAAACACAAAUAUCAAAGAUACAUCACGGUUCUUCAAAUGCAGAUGAUGAAAAUGACAAUAGUGAUUUUGAAGAAUCUGUAGAAAGAAGUCCCAUUAAAGCAAACAUGCAUUCUCUUAGCUUAUCUGGUGAAACAUAUUCUGAAGAAAAGCUGCAAGAUAUUGAAGGUCCUGCUGUUAGAAAAGUGGAAUUAAUGUCUGAACUGGGUUUAGAAGAUGAUGAUAUUGAAUCUCCGUGGGAUUCUGAGUCUGCUUCUGAAAGUUCCAAAAAACAAGUUGUUAGUGACUUACCUUUGCCUGCUGCCAAAACACCCAUGCAGUGUAUUUCAGAGGAAUCAAAUGAGGAUGUGUUUUACAGACCUUCCUUUAUAAGGCCAUCAAGAAACAUUCCAAAGCAAGAUGUGUGCUGGCCUGGCUGCCAAAGUGAGUUUUCAGAGAAAAGUGUGUCCAUGGAAUCUAAAAAGCCAAAGUUGGUUCAUGGAUCUUUACAGAAACAUGUUUCUCCAAGCUUAUCUGUGGCAAAAGAAAGUGAGGGAACAGUAAAGCCAGAUUUAAUGGACGAUUUAGGAUUAGAUGAUGCUGAGGACAUAGAAGAUGCAUCAGACUGGGACUCUGCUAGCCUUUCACCAAAAUAUACAAUGCCCCAUCAAAGGGCUACAUCUCAAGUUCAGAACAGAAGAGAAGAAACAGAGCCACGGGCUGAGGCUCCUUUACCAACAUUCAGCACUAUUAUUCCUCCUGUGCCUUUACAAAAAGAAGUGGAACCUGAUGAGGAUGGUCACUCUACAACAUCAGAAGAUGAAUUUAAUUCCACUAAUGAUGCUGUCCCAGAACUUCCAAAUUGCAAAGAAGAUUCUUUGAAAGAAAAAGUGGAAAAUAAUACUGUGCCUGUGUUAAAGACACACAGUCUAUCAAAUGUGACUGUUAGAAAUUGGACAGAAAAUGCCUCACAUCAGGCCGGACAUGAGACUGUAAUGCCAAAUUUGGAAGACAGCCAUGAGUCGUCUGGCUUAAAAUUAUCUUGGGAGGAGAAAUAUGAAAAGAUGUGGGUUGACAAUGAAAAAACAAAUGUGAAAAAGCAUUUCAAAACCAUAACCGCUGAGCUGAAGCAAAAGUUUGGUGAACUUUCUGAAAAAAGAAGACAAAGAACCAAUAAGUCCUUGACUAAAGCAAGUAAACCUUACAACAAUGGACUAUUUUCAGCCAGUACAGAUCAUAUCAAUGCAUUAAGUAACUCAGAACCAGAAAAUUACAAUGGAGCAGGUACAGAAUGUAACUCUAAAUUGGUACACAGUGAAACUCCUUAUUCAGUUACAGAUGGGAGUCUAGCGAACAAUAAUUUGCCAUGGGACCAGGAUAGGGAAAAGACGUCACGGGGAUUAAUUGUAGCUUUUGGUACUUCUGAAAAAGGUAACUUUGCAGAUUCUCUAGGUAUGAAACCUCAGGACAAAUAUAUUAUCGCUCUUCAGGAACCAAAAUGCAGUAAUAGCAAUUUGAAAGUGGAAAAUCCUAAAGGAGAUGUGUUGUCUUUAGCUUAUACGGAAAAUCAUCAAAAGCUCAAAGAUGCAGAUCAUUUAUCUUUUAUACCUUCAAACCUUUCCAAAGAAGCUGUGACUUUAGUGAGUAAGGUAAGCAAAAUUCAGAACCCUGCUGAGUGUGUGGUGAAUCAACAACAUAGUAAUAAGCAUGGACAAGUACAACUAUCUGAACAUGCAAGUUCAGGAGUGCUGCAAACCUCCAGUGUCAAUCUCGACAAAGAACUUGAGCAAGAUGUGCAAAGAUUUAAGAAUGAGGUAGGAAUUCUACAAAUGGCAUUCAUCAGUUUGGCAGAAGAAAAAGGACAACUACAGAAAGAGCAGGCUGAUCAGAAAGGAAACCAGCAAUAUGAAAACUCACAAACACAGUCCGAGCAAUCAAAACAAGAUAACAGAAAUAUGUUUGCUGAAGAGGCCCAUACUAUUUCCGACCAACAUGUAGACCUUCACCCAAAGCUUGGCUUAGUAAGAGGAAUAAAAAACGUAAUGCAUUUUGGAGACGAUAAAUCCUCAAACAAAAAGUUUGUUCUUGAUGGUAAACUAGCCUGUAAACAGAUGAAAAAUUCAACGAAUGGUGAUCCACUUGAAGUAUUUGAUGAUAGUACUUUAAGUGACACCUCUCAAGAAGAAGAUGGAAGGGCUUCUGGCAAAUUUACCAGUGAAACCAAUAAGCUUGAUAAUGCAGGUGAAUUGGAGGACUUUAGUCCAUCCUCAGAUACAGCAACUGAAGAAUAUGGAACACCAACUUUACCUUUUAGGAAUGCAAAACUGCUAAUUGAGCAACUGAGCUUUGACAGUCAAGAUUCUGUCAACUUGUUAAAAUUUCAAAAUAUAAUUCAUGAAUAUGAAAGAACUAUACAGCGAGAGAAUGGAAGAUAUAAACUCUUAGCGAACAAAGUAAAAAAAAUGGAAAAUGAGAGAAAACACCUACAGCAGAUCACUGAAAAAAACAGGGAACUUAAAUCAAUGUUGGAUCACCAAAAGGUGGAUUGGGAAAGUGAUCUUAACAGUUUGAGGUUCACUCUAAAACAGGAAGAGGAAAAAAGGAAAAAUGCAGAAAUGCUUUAUGAUAAAAUCCAAGAGCAGUUAAGAAGAAAGGAGGAUCUGUGCUGCAAAGAAAUGGAGGCAAAGCAGCUGCUUGAAUUAACUGUAAGAAACUUGGAACUUGAGCUGAGGAGUAUGCAGAAUAAUGUGAAACAGGUUGAAGAAGAACGUAAUGAAGUGCAAAGAUUACUCUCCCAUGAGCAUAAUGCAAGAAUAGCUCAGGAAGAUGUCCUAAAUAAUAUAAGGAGGAAAAGCGAAGAGGCAGAAAAUCAGAAAAUGUGGACAAAAACUGCUGAAGUUCUUGGACAGCUUUCUAAAAUAGAUGAACGAGAAAAAGAUCUCAUCCAGCAAAAUGACAACUUGCAAGAGGAAAUAAAUGUACUUAAAUUAGAAAUCAAUCAUGUUCGAUCUCAGAAUCAACAGGAAGAGAGCAAAUUCAUGGAUGAAAAUGAAAACUUGAAGGAAAAGAUUGCUGAUCUUAGAAGAGAUCUUAAAAUGAAUGAAGAAACUUUAACACAAACUGUUAUACAGUAUAAUAGUCAACUUCAUGCCCUGAAGACAGAGAAUACCAUGUUGUGUUCAAAGUUAGAGCAUGAAAAACAAGGCAAGGAUAGGCUAGAAACUGAACUGGAGUCCAUUCGCUCACGUUUGACCUCUACUUUACAGGAAGUAGAAAGGAAUCAGGCUUUAAAAAUAGAUGUUGAACGUACCUUACAGAGAGAUCGAGAUGAGUGGCUGCGUUCACAAGACAAAUUAAAUCAUGAGUUGUCCAACAUUAGAGAAAACAACAAUAACCUGUCCCAGCAACUUAGCAGAGCGGAGGCUAAAUCCAACAGCCUUGAGAAUGAAAUCCGCCAGGCAAAUAUGUCUCUUCAAGACAAACUUAUUCUUUCUGAAAAUACCCAAAGAGAGCUAACCCAGGCAUGUGGUAGAAUUAAGGAGCUUGAACACACACUCCAACUUGAAAAAGACAAAUUAUGCAAAAGUACUGUUAAGCAGGAGUCCUUACAAGAGAAGCUAGCACAGAUCCAAAGUGAGAACAUGCUGCUUCGCCAGCAAAUUGAAGAUGUAAAUAAUAAAGGUAUUAUCAAAGAUAAAACUGUGAGUGAUGUCCAGGACAAAUUUACAGAAAUCAUCGGCAAACUUCGAGCAGAUGCAGAGAGACAAGUUCAGAUAAUUGAAGAAAGAAACAAGGACUUAAUCGUUAAAUAUAAUGAGAUAAGGGAACAAAUGUGUAGACUUGAAACUGAAAAAGUGGAGAGAGAGAGCUCACUAAGACAAUUGCAACAAGAACUUGCUGAUGCUUUGAAGAAAUUAUCAAUGUCAGAGGCAUCUCUAGACGUUAUAACACAUUAUCGAAAUGACAUUGAGGGGGAAAAGCAACUCCUUCAAAAAGAAGUAGAAAAGUUCAAAAUUAAAGUGCACAAUUUAGAAGAGCAGUGUAUUCAGGCAGAAAGACUCCAAAAUCAAUUAAAGAAUUUAUUAGAAGAUAAAGAACGUGACAUUAUGGCUUCAUCUCAGAAAUUGCAGGAAUAUUCCUCAGCAGUAGCCGGAGCUGAAAAUACCAUUAAAGAACUGGAAGGACAUAUACUAAAACUUGAAAUUGAAAAUGCCAAAAUUGAAGCAACUGCAAAACAACAAGCAGGACAGAUCGAUAUACUUCAAAAAGAACUACGGGAAACUCUUUCAAUACGUCAUAAAUUGGAAGAAUUAGUAGUGUCUUUACAGUCCUCAAAAAUGGGUUUAGAAGAGAAGUUAAACCAUCAGGUGCAUAAGCAAACAGCAUUGUCUCAAACUGCACAGGACUCGCAUAACUUGUGGGAAGAAGAACUAAAGUCAAGAUCGCGUUUAGGAAUCCGCUUGGCAGAACUUGAACAAGAAAAAGCAAAGUUUACAGACCAAGUUGAAAGUGAAAAAAAGAAAGUUAAAAAGUUAAUGGAACACAAGCGAUCAAUGGAGGCACGGUUUGACCAGGAAAUGAAGAGAAAUACAGACUUACAAAAAGAAAUUGCUGGACUGAAAAAACUCCUGAAAAUGGCAAAAAAGAAAAUAAAAGAACUUGAAUCUGGUGGCUUUCAACAUAGUUCUCAAGAUGGGUUCAAGAGCACACACUUUGAAAAAGAGAGCGACAUCAUGAAGUUAAAAGAAAAGAUCCAUGAACUUUCUUUUCGUCUGGAAAAUGAAUCCUCAAAUUAUAAGCAGCUGGAGUCUGCAAAUCGAGAUCUACAACGGCAGUUAUCAUCACUGAAGAUAUUUCACAAGAGUCAGGAACACCUAGAAAAGGGCAAAAGGCAACUAGAAGAUGAAGUAACUAAUUUAAAGCGGCAGAUAGAGAUAAACAAGGUGGAUCAAAGUCUUAUUGAAAAGCAUAAGCGAGAAAUAGAAGAAAGAGGAAGGCAAGAAUUAAGACAGAAAUUAGAAGAAGUUAAUCUGUUUCUUCAGUCACAGGCCACUUCACAAGAGACACUGGACCAAAUAAGAGCUGCAAAUGAUUCUUCGGUAAGAAAUCAAAUGGAGCAUAGGAUUCAAGAGCUAGAGUCUGAACUCCAUAAAAUAAAACAUAUACAGCAUGAAAGCAUGCUCCAGAAAGAGUCCACUCAAACAGAACUUGAUCGAUUCAAGGAGUUGUACAAUGAAGAACUAAAAAAUAGGAAUUCUUUGGCAGUAAAACUAGAAAGAGCUAACGAAAGGCUUGCAGAUGCCAAUGCUAAGCUUCUAACGGAGCGUCAAAGAACCAAAUCAUUGAUAGCCAGCAGUUUUAUGAAUGGCAGCCUUGCCACGAGCCCUGUUGCAGAUGCCAGCCCUUUUGGCAAUCUCUCUAACAGUGGUUUCAGACUUGGUGGAAGCUUUCUUAGUUCAACAGCCAAUGGAAUAAAUACAAAUAGAGUGGAGUCCUAUGUUAAUAAGAUGCAGCAGGAGUUGGAAAAAAACAUCACAAAAGAGCUGGACCAAGCGAACAUUGAACUAGAAACCGGGUCGUCUGUAAGAGUUUCUCCUGUAGGUUCCAUUGCAGGAUCCUUAAGAAAGGUAAACGUGGAUCAAGACCCAGUCUCCAGAGCCACCCAGCAGUAUCUUGAGGUUCUGAAGAAGAAUUACAAGAUCUAACCACUGUUUAAAAUGUAGGAACUUGAAACUGUUUACAUUAAUGUGAAUAUUCGAACUUCUUUUACUUAGCUGGAAAUGUUACUUAAAGGGGAACUAUUGCAAAAAUGAAAACCUAUAAUAGGCUUCAUCGUGCUGAAAUAAGAAACUUUCUAAAUAUAAUCAAUUAAAAAAUCCUGACCUGUUUCUAAAAUAACCAAGUUACUCUUCACUAUUUCCCUCUUGGCAUCUGUCUCUCUUCAUUCUUCAUGCAGGAGUCGAGUGUCUGAUUUUUAAAUGACUCAAAUAGCAAAUUCCAGCGCAAACCAAAAUGUAACAAAAUAACUGACUUUGGCACAAAUCCUGCAUGUAGAGAGACAUGAUUUCUGGUCAUAUUAGUAUCAUAAGUGAUCUCUACUCUUCUAGGAAUAUGACUGCAUUAGACCUAACUGUCCGUCAAAAUCAGUCUCCUUAUAGGUUGAUGAGAGAGGGAGAGCAAAGAGUUAACUUUAUUAUUUCAGAAGUACAGAAUGUUUAUUCUAUUUAGUAUAAAGAAGCUUAUAUUUUUCAAUAGUUACCCAUUAACUGUAUUGCACAAUGCACUUGUAGAUCAAAUAUUCUACAACCCUCAAAAACCGAAGCCAUUCACAGCACACUAAAGCAGGCUACAUGUGCAUUUUGUUUUUAUUUUGUUUUUAUUUGCAUAAGCAACCAGCAGAGUUGCAACUGUCACACACCUUUCAGACAACACAUCUGCCUAUAGUCUUGUCACAACAGAAGCUUGUUUGAUUUUAAUACCUCAACAUGUUACCAGGUUCAAAAUACUUAUAGCUAUGACUGCACUGCUAUAAUGCUGCCAAUAUCUAACAGUACAAAUUAGCAUCCUUCACUUGUCACCUCAAACAAACUGGUACUCAAUGAUGACCCCUAGGGAGCCAGCCCCACAGUUUAGGAGCCUAUACUCAGACAUCAGAAUCCUACUACGUUUUUUUAAAUCUUGAUGACGUUUUGCAGUCUGUACAUACAGCAUGGGAUGUACCAGUUUGACAGACUUUGGAACACUCAAAACUUAUUAUAAUAACACUAAAUAUUUAUGGUACAUAUUUAGAACUUUUAGUAUUAUUUUUAUAUUGGAUUUUUUGUUCUGCGUCUAUUUGUUUACGUUAUUUGUAACUAUUUAAUCAUCCACUCAUUUAAAACCAUUUGUUGAAAGAGUGCAUGGUUUGCACCAUUUGCUGCUGAUAAGUGUAAGUCUACAUGUUGCAUUCUGUCUAAUAAUGUAAGAAUAUUCCAUUUGUAACGUAUCUUAAAUAUAUGUUAGCAAGGGUACUGUAUACGAGAGUUCUCUUUUCAUGCUGUAACAGUAUUUAUACAAAAUAACAGAUUUUAGUGCCAAUA